AUGGCAAUACUCAAAACCCUCUAUCUCCUCCCCCUAAUCUUCAUUUUUGCCCUAAUUUGUACCAUUGUUCAUUCGAAAAGAGAUCAUUCAUCACCAUCGCCAAUCGACUUCAAUGACCUUCAAGGAAGCCACAAAGGCAGCUCAAUUAAAGGUCUCCAUAAGCUCAAGCAUUACUUAGAACAAUUUGGCUAUCUCAAUUAUGAAAACAAAGCCAAUCUCAACGAUGAUGAAUUUGAUGCCAAACUCGAAUCAGCCCUCAAAACCUAUCAAGAAAACUUCCACAUUAGUUGUACUGGGAUACUAGAUGCCGCAACAUUAGCCAAAAUUAAUGUCCCCCGGUGUGGAGUUCCCGAUAUCAUCAAUGGCACCAAUGCAAUGGUUAAAAAGAACCACAGUGAUCCUCUGUCCGAAUCCAUCAACAUUGUUUCUCAUUAUACAUUCUUCAACAAUCGUCCUCGUUGGCCACUUUCUCAAACACACUUAACAUACAGGUUCCUCCCCAACACUCACAUAGACGCAAUCACAGCGGUAGAUCGCGCAUUCAGAACAUGGGAAGCAGCUACGCGCUUUAGCUUCUCACGUGUUCGCAACAAUGAGCGAUCGGAUAUAUCCAUCGGUUUUUUCUCAGGUGACCAUGGAGAUGGUCGCGCAUUCAGCUCCGGCGAAGGGGGAGCAUUAGCUCAUGCCUUUGCUCCCACUGAUGGAAGGUUUCAUUUCAACGGGGCGAAAAGAUGGGGGAAUGGCCGUGUUCCUGGUCGAUACGAUUUGUUCAGCGUUGGGCUACACGAGAUAGGACACCUAUUGGGGCUCGGACACAGCCAACAUAAGCGUGCAAUAAUGUAUCCUUCCUUUUCACCUGGACAGACUAAACGUUUAACCAAAGAUGACAUUGAUGGAAUUAGGGCUUUAUAUUCUUGA